AUGCGGGACCAACUGUCAAAAUCGUGGGCAGCCUCAUUCCAAACCGAACGACGACCAGGCCCUUAUCAAGAUAGUCGUAUCCGGUUCAAGCCCGAAGGACUGGGAGAUGCCAGAGUCGGUAGCGAUGUCGUAGGACUCCAUCGCACAACUCGACUCACAGAAGCCGCAACGAUCUUCCUUCGCUGCAUGGACCGCUUCCAUACCUCUGUGCACACACCGUCAUUUUCCAUUCUCCUGGACCCUCCCGUGAGCCAAUCCCAUCAAGCAUCUACGGCGCGAGCCGUGGGAUCCUUCGCUAUCAAGCUGGCAUGCAAUAGUAGCAUCCGCCUCUAUCCCAUCAUCGCAAUUACCGGCAAGGGCCCUCCCAUUACAUGGAAUCUCUUGUCCACCGGCGCAAAGGUGAUACCGUCAUCGACGACCGCAGCGCGCUGGAGACGACCAUUCAAGGAAUCUCAAGCAGCCUGCGGCAGGCAGGACACACUGGAUUGCGUCGUCAUUGAGAACAGCGCAGAAGAUCUUAUCAGAUAUGAUUUUGGAUUUUGCACUGCACGCUUAGUGCAAACCGGCGAAAUUAGCGUAACCGCCUUAGAGUUCAUCCAACGGAUAAUAGAAUCCUCGGAAGAACCCAUCUUUGGAGUUUCUACAGGAUUACUCACCCAGCAGGCCACACCCGGUGCCUUUGAUAACCCCAGAGUUGCUGUGUCUGGUUUUAAAUCGUCCUGGCGUCUGUUGGAUUGGAUCAUGGGCCUUAAGCAGGCCGAUUCUUCGGGUCUUCCCCAGACACGCGCCUGUACUCAAACUGAUAUGGAGAUCUCCCCCUUAUUGGCGCCAGCCGGUCUGCCGUUUGUGUUUCGCAUGAGAACGCUUCGAUGUGUGGGUUGUGCCGCAGCCCGUCGAUCAUUCUCGACCAACCAUUCUCAAUCCAGGACGCCUACACUCAACACCUAA